GAUCGACACCCUCUUCGACUGGCCGGGCGCUGCAUCCCCGGGCGCGCGCUCCCCGCCCGAGCUCCGCCAUGGAGGAUCUGGAUCCAGGCCUCGUGGGCUACUCGGACAGUGGGUCGGACUUCCACGACCUGCCAGAGCCGGAGCUGCCAAAGGGCAUCCGCAAGACCCGGCUCGCGGCGGCAGAGCAGCCAGGCACGCUAAAGCGCCCAGUGGAUGGCGACACGGUAGUCCUGCGGUGCAGGCCCUGCCCGCAGUCACUUCAGCAUUUGGAGGAAGAAGGCCUUCUGCGUCUGGACCUCUCGCCGAGCGCGAGCGGCCUGGCGGCGGCGGCCAAGACGCUGCGCCUGGGGGAGGUGGCACGCUUCCACUUCCAGGAGACCCGUGAGGUGACCGAGGUAACUCUGGUCGACUGGAUCGUUCGACGGGAUCUCUUCGAGGAUGGCUCCGCCAUCAAGAGUAUCCUGCGAAAGCCGGAAGACCAACGCAGGCCCAUCAUCGGCCAGAUCUGCCAGGUGUCCUUGUCCCUAGCGGAGGAAUCUUCGACACCGUGCUGGACGUGCGAGCUCCAACACGAGAUCCAGGAUCUGCCCUGUGAGGGCCACUGGCACCACACGGGCUGGCUGCUGGACAAGGCGCUGCUGUCCAUGCGCCGAGGGGAGCGCAGCUCGCUGCGCUGCUCCGCGCAGCGGCUGCGCGGCGGCGCCACAAUUGAGCUGCCGAGAGGGGACGCGGAGCACUGGACGCUGGAUUUGGAGUUGCAUGACUUCAUCGAAAGUGCGGACGUGUCCUUUGAGAAGGACGGCGCGGUGCUCAAGCGCUCGCUCCACUGCCGAGACGCCUGGCCUCGCUGCGCCUACGCCGGCCAGUGCAAGGUCCGCGCCACGCGCGCGGGCGAAGCCAGCGAGGAGCGUGUAUGGCACGCCUGCUGUGGUGCCGGGGAGCUGCCAGAGGCCCUGGAGGCAGCCGUUCUGCAGAUGCGCGAGGGCGAACUGGCAGAGGUGACUGCGCAAGCACGACUGUUCGAGCCUUGGCUGAGUGGCUCAGCGACAAGCGACCUCACGGAGGACGUCUUUAGGCUCCAGGUGACAAAGUACACUGCGGGGCCGUGGGACGUUGCCAGAGGAGACGAGGAGAAGCUGACAGUGCUCGCCGAGCGCAAGGACCGGGCGGCGAAGUUUCACGCGGCAGGGCGCUGGCGCCUGGCUGCGUAUCACUUCCGAGAGGUCUACGAGCUGCUGGGAUACAUCGACGACUUCCGGGGCGUGCGGGCUGGGCAGCAGAGGCAGCAGCGCGUUGCUGCGCUGAAGCAAGCCUGCCUCCUGAACCGAAGCCUCAGCUUGAUCAAGGCGGGCUGCUUCACCCUGGCGCUCCGCAGCUGUGACUUGGCGCUGGAUGCGGAGCCCAUGAACGUGAAGGCCUUGCUGCGCCGCGCUCGCGCGCGCCUCGGCCUGGACGAGUGUGACCUGGCCAUGGCUGACCUGCGGCAGCUGCAGGGCACAGAAGGCGAGCAGGAGGCCCAGCAGCUGGCGAAACAGGUGCGGCAGCGGCAGAAGGUGCUGGAUAUCGAUUCCAAAGAUCUCUACGCCAGGCGUGCGACCGUGGGGAUCAUUUGAGCAGUAUGGCGAUUCCACAUCACAUCUUCGAACAUCACCAUUCUGCACACUUGAAGCUGCCUUCCUACUGCAAAAAAUAUGUUGGAACUCUGGCCCAGUUCCAGCGUUUAGCUUGGGUUCCAGUUCUUAUCUCAAUUGGUGUACACAGAAGCAUGAGAACUGCCCAGCUGACAGUCAGAAGCUCCCCGGCGUGAAAGCCCCUUUUUGACGCAGGCACUCUUUUUCCAGUUUUCACAAGCGCUGAGGAUGUGUCAGAGCCUUGGGCAUUUGCCGCAUCCAUUGGAUAUCGAUUGACGUGAGCUG